ACAACUAGUAUACAUGAAUUUCCCAAGCAACCUAUCCAAACGGGUCAUGGAGACUUGGGUGGGUAUAAUCUUAAACCCUACUUCUAAAACACCAUCACUCCAUUUCCAAAAGCCCCCUUAAACCCUUCAAAUCUCUCUCCUCUUCUCCCUUCUUCUUCCUCUGCAUUCCAUCCUUCAUCCUCCAUAACCAUGGCAGAGCUUCAAACCUUCCCCACAAAACCCCGCCUAAAACCCACCUCCAAAAAAUCCAACAAUCUCCCAGAAUCCAAAUUCUGGAAAUCCUUCAAAACCCAUGAAAUAUCUGGCUUAGUCUCUUCAAUUACCUCCAUUGAUUUCUCCCCUCAAUCUCCCCACCAUUUCGCCGCUACAUACAGCGCUUCCCUCUCUUUCUUCAACCCCCACCACCCCUUUUCACCUUCGGAGCCAACCUCUACUAUCCGCUCCUUUAAGGACACCUCCUACUCCGCCUCGUAUCGUUCCGAUAGCAAGCUCAUUGCGGCUGGUUGCCAAUCUGGAGUAAUUCAUGUUUUCGAGGCGAAAACCCGAAACGCUCUUCGUCAAUUGAAGGGGCAUUCCAGGCCUGUGAGGUUAGUUCAAUACCCUAGAGUGGAUCGUUUGCAUUUGUUUUCUGGUGGUGAUGAUUCUGUUGUUAAGUAUUGGGAUGUUGCAACUGAAACUUCUUUGUCCAAUUUUUUGGGUCAUAAGGAUUAUGUUAGAAGUGGGUCUGCUUCUCCUGUUGAUGAUAAUUUGUUUGUUACUGGAUCUUAUGAUCAUACAGUUAGGGUUUGGGAUGUUAGGGGUUCUAAAUUAGGUUCUUCUGCAAUGGUUGUUAAUCAUGGAAAACCCGUCGAAGAUGUUGCAUUUUUGCCUUCUGGUGGGUUGAUUGCUACUGCUGGAGGAAAUGUGGUGAAGAUUUGGGAUGUGAUUGGAGGUGGGAAAUGUGUGUAUUCCAUGGAGAGUCAUAAUAAGACCGUGACGUCGAUUUGUGUUGGUAAGGUGGGUAAGGAUAGUGGGGAGGAAUCCGAUCAAUACCGUCUUUUGACCGUUGGGUUAGACGGGUAUUUGAAGGUGCUAGAUUACUCGAAGUUGAAGAUUACGUUUUCUAUGAGGUUUCCUGCGCCUCUGGUGUCGGUUGGGUUCUCCCCUGAUGGUUCAACACGAGUUAUUGGAACCUCGAAUGGGAUUAUAUAUAUGGCAAAGAGGAAGAAGGAGAAAGUGGAAGAACGUAGUGUAGGGGAUUUUGUGGGAUUUCAGUAUAGGGAGGAGCCGCGGAAGAGGGUGUUGAAGCCGUCGUUCUUUAGGUAUUUUCAUCGAGGGCAAAGCGAGAAACCCAAAGGAGGUGAAUAUUUGGUAUUAAGACCCAAGAAGGUUAAGUUGGCAGAGCAUGACAAGCUAUUGAAGAAGUUCAGGCACAAAGAUGCUUUUGUAGCUGUUCUUCAGAAGAAGAAUCCAGAAAAUGUGGUUGCUGUGAUGGAAGAAUUGAUAGCAAGAAAGAAAUUGUUCAGAUGUGUGACAAAUUUGGAUGUUCAGGAGCUUGAACUGCUGUUGGUGUUCUUGCAGAAGUAUACAACUCUUCCAAGGUAUGCUGGUUUACUGAUGCCAUUUGCCAACAAGGUUAUUCAAAUGCGAGCUGAGGAUAUUCGAGGUUCUGAUGGCCUUAAAGCUCAACUAAGGAACUUGAAGAGAACCAUUCAAGAGGAGCUGCGAAUACAACAGUCAUUACUGGAGAUUCAAGGAAUAAUAUCCCCCUUGAUGAGGAUUGCUGGGAAGAGAUAGUGCUUGUUACCCUAGUAUUGCUUUCACAUCUGUAUGUUAAUUACCUCUUACCAGAAACCGUACUUUUAGUAGAGGAUAUGAUCUUAAGCACAUUUUUACUUUUUAUCCCCAUGUUACAUUUUGUAGAGGAUAGAAUCUUGAGCACAUGUUUAGUAAUGGAUAGAAUCAAGUGUUGAAACUACACUUUGGAUUCAUGAUCUCCUUUGUUCUUGGAUAUCUGCUCAAGUUAAAAUUUUGGUUUCGAGAAGUCAUAUGUUCUUGCUGUACUAGUAUUGCUCCAAUUUUUUUUGUUGUCUUGAAAUGAGAAACUAAAAAAAAGUAUUUUACUUGA